AUGGCUCUCGGACCCUCCAUCAUUGAAAUCAUAGAGGGCGCAAAGAAGAAAAAAACGUGUCCAGAGAGGAACUGCAUUCACCAAAGAGGACUUGGUGGUACGAAUCAGACUUCAGGUGGUUAUUACAAGAGGAUGCAUGAUUAUUUCAAUGAGCAUAAGCCUGAAGGGUCCAACCGUAGCCAGAUUGCAAUUCAGCAUAGGUGGGCAUUGAUUCAGAAAGCGAUGAACAAGUUCUGUGGGCACAAAGAAGCUAUUGAUAGGCUGAAUGAGAGCGGAAAAAAUGAGCAGGAUCGGAAGAAGCAUAUGAAGAUGAGUGUACAACAGAAAAAGAAGGAAAAUGCGAUUAGAGAGGAGUCAGAGGCUCACCUGAUAUCAGCUGAGUCUAGUAUUAUGUCAGUUGACAUUGAGAAGGUCCCCCUUUAUCUGAAAAACUAUUAUCCGGGCAUGCAGCGGCAAAUCAUGGAGCGCAGAGGAUUCAUCAGCCCCUCGAACAAUGAAGACUAA